CAUCACUAUUUCUAUCAGGCUGAAAUUAGAGAAGCUUUGACAUACAAAGUUAUUCAACUGGAGGCAAAAGCACAGCAACAACAACAGCUGCUAGAAGUGCUACAAAACGCAAAACCACGAUCAAAUUGUCAAUCAGUCGUCAAUGGCGAUAACGGUAAUAAAUCAAGGGCAAUCAGCACAAUGCCAACCUCUUGUGCUGAUCUACAGGUUAUGGGAUACUACCUAAAUGGAUUCUACUCUGCCAUGGGCGUUGGGAAGAUGAACAGCAUCUACUGCGAUUUUACGAAACAAUCUAGCGAACCGGGUUUCCAGCAAUUGAUUGGUUUUACAGAAACCAAAUCAGUGCCAACGGCUUUCUACGUGCAAAGAAGCUCAUCUUUCCCGCCCUCCACUCGCAUUCCUUUUCCAGUUGAAAGGCUUAAUGUGGGUGGAGCCAUGAACCUCACGUCGGGAAUUUUCACGGCUCCAGUAACGGGAAAUUACUUUUUCUCCCUAUCAGGAACGGCUUACAUUUCAGCAUCAACAAGCAGACUCGUCUUUACCAUAAGUCUUUACAUGUUUGACAAUCCCAUCGCGUACGGCUAUGCUGAUGAAAUGAGUGCAGAUUGCCAAUAUGAGACAUUUUACCUUCAGUCAACAUUCCAUAUGAUGAAGGGUGACCAGGUUUGGUCCAUCGAAACAGGAGUGUAUCUCUAUGGGGGGUUAUUUACUCAUUUUAAUGGUUGGUUACUGCAAGAAGACGUAUUUCAAUCAACAAAUGCCAAUAAAAACAAAUAA